GACAUGUGCCUUGAGUAUGAGCGCAUCUCUGGCUUACGGCUAAAUGCCGACAAGGCCAUCCUCGUGCCGCUCUUUAGGUACGUACGCGAUGAAGCGCGUCGCCGGCUCAUCAGGGAAGCCCCUGUAUGGGGGGUCCUCCUGAUCCAGGACAAGGCGAAGUACCUCGGCAUGGUCGUCGGCCCUGGCCGCGGCACUAGCUCAUGGGAUGCCCCCUGCAAGAAAUUCGUCGACAGGGCCGUGCUCUGGGGGCAACUGGGCGCUGGCCUUCUCAACACCUUCGUGGCCUACCAGGUUCUCGUGAGCUCAGUCGUCAUGUUCGUCGCGCAGCUCGACCCGCUGCCGUGCUCCCGUGACGCGAUCGAGCUGCAAUCGGCCAGGGUCGUCAGGUUCGAGAGCGCCGCGCACGGCGGUCCCCGGAUACGAGCGUGGGCUCGCCAGCUCCACCAGCUGAGCCGCGACGCCAAGAAUGUGACCCGGGCGGGGCAUUUCCAGCAGUGCAUCGACCCGAACUUCUUCCUCUCGCUCCGCGACGCCACCACUGAGCUGACAGCAGCUGAGCGGCAAGUGCACGCG